UUCUGUAACUUGGAUACUAUAAUUGCUUUUGGCUUUCAGAAUUGAUUUUCGAUCUCUGCUUCGGGCUGCUCGCUCCCCCAUUUCUCCGUCAAUCUGGCGAAGCGUGGGAGGAAGCCGGAGAUCGUUGGAGUGGAGGAAUUCGUUAUCUCUCUUUAAUCCAUUUGGUGUAUUUCCUUUCGCGGAAAUUUCUUCGCUUCGUUCCGGUGCUGCUGGUGUGAAACAAAAUAAGCUGCAUGUUUCCCUGUAACCUUGAGUAUGUUCUCCGUGGAGAUUUUGAACUGAAUUUUUCUCAUCAUCUUGACUAGAUUUUCAUUUGAUUUGAAUUUCCAUGGAUGCUUAUAGUUACAGGGCUUCCUUAUCUGUAAUCUUUAAGUUCUCCUCAGAAUAUUCACGCGUGAUGCACCUUUGAUUAGCGCAAGCUGUAUGGUGGGAAAUGAAGCAUCUCUGAUAUGCUUUUGAAUGGUUCUUCUAUAUUGAAGAGUAACACGUAUGACAGAGAGCAGAAAACUUCGAGCUUCGCUUUGAGUUUCUGGAAGCUUUCUACGUGGCUAGCGGGAGCCAUCUCUGACCCACGUGGCGGCUGAGGGACGUUACAUGAGUACAUUAGAAAACUCAGUUUUCACCAUCUUAGCUCCAACAAAUUAUCUUCGCCGACAGAGAGCGGGGAAGCAAUGAAUCGUCUCAGAACCUAUCUAACAUUUUCCAGAUCCUUUGCGUGCAGUUGCAGAACCCUCCAUUACACCUCCCCGAAACAAUUUCCUGGCCACAAAACCCAUUUCGAACAUGCUGGUCCCUUAGUCUCGCUCCUCAAGUCCCGGUCGGUUAUCCGAUUCCAAGGGCCUGACACCUUGAAGUUUCUUCAGGGACUGUUAACCAACGAUGUGCGAAGGUUUGGUGAACCCGUCGGUGAAAAAACUGCUCAUUUGCCUACACCUAAUGUACCAGUGGCUUCAGCUCCGCCUGUAUAUGCUGCGCUUCUAACCCCUCAAGGCAGAUUCCUCUACGACCUUUUUCUCUAUAAACCACCCGGGCCUGAGACGAAGCUUGAUAAGACUGGAACAGGACCUGGGACUGACCCUGAUGAACCGUUUAAUUUGUUUGCCGAUGUGGAUGCUUCGGUAUUAGAUGAACUUUUGGAAGCCUUAAAGAAAUACCGUCUGAGGUCCAAGGUUGAGAUUGAUAAUGUUACUGAAGAUUUCUCAUGCUGGCAACGCUAUGGUCCUAGCCUUUCUGAGAAGCCAUCAGAUGCUGAUGAACCAGAGGCAGCUUCUGUUGGCUGGGGUGCUGGCGUGGAUCACUCCGCAACAUUAGCUUCGCGUGGGAGUAAUUUUGGGUGGCAAUGGUUCAAGGACCCCCGAUUGGACUGUCUUGGUUUUAGAGGGAUCUUCCCAUCUAAUGUAACACCACCUCUGGUUGAGGCUGACAAAGAAACAGAUGAAGAGAAUUAUCUUUUUUGGAGAAUAAAAAAGGGAGUUGCAGAGGGAUCAACUGAGAUUCAAAAGGGUGAGGCGGUACCGCUUGAGUAUAAUCUUGCAGGCCUUAAUGCAAUUAGCUUUGACAAGGGUUGUUAUGUGGGGCAAGAGCUCAUAGCUCGUACGCAUCACCGAGGGGUGAUUCGCAAGCGUAUAGUGCCUGUAAGAUUUGUCACUAACGAUGGGAAAGAAGUAGAAGACAAAGUUACUCCAGGCUCAGAGGUAAUUGACACGACAAGUGGCAAGAAAGUAGGUUUCGUCAAUACUGCCCUUGGAUGUUGUGGGCUGGGGCUUUUGCGGAUGGAGGCGGCCUUUAGAGGUUCUGGCACCUUAUCUAUAGAGGGUCAAGAUAAUGUGAAGGUUGAGGCUGUUCGACCAAAAUGGUGGCCUUCUGAGUGGCUUGAAGAUAAUCAACAUCACACUGCUUUCGCGUAGGAUGUUCUAUGCACUGUCCCAAGGCCAAGUGCAUGCCUUUAUUCAAUCCUUGGACUCCAUUGUGUGAAUUAAAUGUAUUCCAAAUAUUUAAGGUGUUCAUAUUGGGAUAAGACUGGUAGCCUUGUCGAAACUGUAUCUGGAGGAGGGGCAACAAGAUGGCACUUGGGUUUUCUUAUGAAAUAAGUUUUAUAACGGGAACUGUGGGCUACCGCUUUACCCCCGAGUUCUCCAAGUGUCCUGAGAACGCGAGAGCUUUGAAUAAUUUUGUACUCACACAUAAGGAUAUUAGAAACAAAUGUUAGGAAGAUUUUGUUUAUGCCUAUCUUCAACUUGUAUCUUGUC